AUGAUUCCUGACUGGAUCAACGCUUUCGCCGCCCAGCAUCCUCUAGGUGCUGUGAGCAACAAAGAGAGCUCCACUGUGAAAAACAGACCGUUCACCGCUUGGAGUGCACUCGACGAUGUGAAAACAAAGGCCGACGACAUUGCCCACGAGGCCAGCCGGGAAUUUAAUGCCGCAAGCCAGAAGGCCCAGGAGAAGACCGGCAAGAUCCAGCCUGGCUCACUGAAGUACUAUGCAGCUUGUACAUUUGGUGGAAUGUUGGCAUGUGGUCUUACCCACACUGCCGUGACACCCCUCGACCUGAUCAAAUGUCGCCGCCAAGUUGACUCCAAGCUCUACAAGAGCAACAUACAAGCCUUCCGCACCAUCCGGGCAGCUGAAGGUAUUCGCGGUGUCUUCACGGGCUGGAGCCCUACCUUCUUCGGCUACAGUGCCCAAGGAGCUUUCAAGUAUGGAGGAUACGAGUACUUCAAGGUCUUCUACAGCGACCUAGUCGGCCAGGAAAACGCGAGCCGGUUCAAGACUGCCAUCUACCUGACCGCUAGUGCUUCGGCAGAGUUGAUCGCAGAUAUCGCGCUGUGUCCAUUCGAGUCCGUUAAGGUCCGCGGUCAGACGACCAUUCCUCCUGAGAUUACAGGUACUUUCAGUGGUAUCUCGAGCGUUAUUUCUAAGGAGGGCGUUGCUGGCCUGUACAAGGGUCUUUACCCGCUCUGGGGCCGUCAAGUUCCCUACACCAUGAUGAAGUUCGCUUCCUUCGAGACUAUUGUUGAGAUGAUCUACCACAAUUUGCCAGGUCAGAAGUCCGACUACAACAAGGGUGCCCAGACUGCCGUUGCAUUCUCGGGCGGCUACCUCGCUGGUAUUCUGUGUGCUGCGGUAUCGCACCCUGCGGAUGUCAUGGUUAGCAAGUUGAACGCGAAUCGACAGGCGGGUGAGGCAUUUGGCGCUGCUAUGAGCCGCAUCUAUGGUGACAUUGGCUUCCGGGGAUUGUGGAACGGACUGCCUGUUCGUAUUGUGAUGAUCGGUACUUUGACUGGACUCCAAUGGAUGAUCUACGAUUCAUUCAAGAUUUUCAUGGGACUUCCUACCACAGGCGGCUCAAGCGAAGACAAGAAGAAGACGAACUAA